UUCGCAUAGCAGGCUGGGAGGAGUCAUUGCCCUGUUAGGAAAUCCCUGCCGGGUUGGAGAAUUUCUUUAUUUUUUAUUGCGAGGUCUGUGGCGGCUGCCGAAGUCAAGAGGAUGUUAAGUGCACGUCUGAUUUUUAAUGCUGCCAAGCAAUCAGGUUCCUUCUAUUAUAAGGUGCCAGCUAGACCGAUCAGCCAUACGCCUCAAUUGCUCUCAUUUAAAUAUGUCAAUGCCAGAGAAGAAGCAACAGAUUUGAAAUCUGUAACUGACAGAGCAGCUCAGACCUUGCUGUGGACAGAGCUAUUUAGAGGUCUAGGAAUGACUCUCAGUUAUAUGUUCAGGGAGCCAGCAACCAUAAAUUAUCCAUUUGAGAAAGGUCCUCUAAGCCCACGGUUUCGUGGAGAGCAUGCAUUACGCAGAUAUCCAUCUGGAGAAGAGCGCUGUAUCGCCUGCAAGCUAUGUGAAGCUAUCUGCCCUGCACAGGCUAUCACAAUAGAGGCAGAAACCCGAGCUGAUGGGAGUCGUCGGACCACAAGAUAUGACAUUGAUAUGACCAAAUGUAUCUAUUGUGGCUUCUGUCAAGAGGCUUGUCCUGUAGAUGCUAUUGUAGAGGGUCCAAACUUUGAAUUCAGCACAGAAACUCACGAGGAACUUCUGUACAACAAAGAAAAACUUCUAAACAAUGGCGACAAAUGGGAAGUUGAGAUUGGAGCAAAUAUACAGGCUGACUUUCUUUAUCGCUAAGUGUUGUGCAUCUCAAUCAAGAGCUAGCAGAGCAGGCUUUGUAUACCACUGGGCACAGUCCAUCUUUCCACAUACUAAAUUUACACAAUAGUUUACACAGAUUACUUAUUAUGGACUGUACGUUUAACCUGUAGUGCUGCAAGACAUUCAGUAAAUCCUUUUGGCCAUGCACUCCUGUCUUUGUAAGAUCGAUAUAUACACACAAAUGUUAAGUUUUGUUAACUUGCUGUUCUGGCCCCUGAAUUCUAAUAAUCUGAAUAUAAGGAAGUGUGUACAUCAAUAGCCAAUUGAAAGCAUAUAAUUAAUAUGUGGUUCAAAACCCAAUCUCCACAAAUCAUACAUACUGUGGCAUGUGUAUUUUGGGUUUUCUAUAGAUUUUUGCAUUGGAGUUGUUUUAGGAUGUUUCUGUUCUGACAAAAAAUAUUAUUACAUUAAGUAUGCUUUUAUUUAUAGAAGAGAAGCACUGUAUAUCUGUCUCCAUAACUGAUUUCAAGAUGCGUGCAGGUUUUGAUUUCUUUCAAUAAAGCUGAUUUUUGUUUCA